AUUGUUCAUUUCAACAUGGCGGCCUACAUUAAAUUAUGAGUGACCACCGGCUUUCACGAUCAGUUUAAAAUGCUUGCGGUAUCUACAUUGAUUCUUGUGCUGUCUUUUGUACUCUUGUCACAGGGGGAAGGGCACUACCGGAAUUUCGCCUCGAAGACGCGUUACUACGAGCCAAAUCUUGAGGAAGACAUCAAGAAGGAAAGGGAGGGGGGCUGUUCUGCCGUUCACAUGAGCUUGGUCGCGCGACAUGGGACGCGGAAUCCGAGCAAAAGAGAUGUGAAAAAGAUCCAGCGUACGACUGAAGCAAUAGAUCAGCUAUUUAGUGGGCACCCUGUGAAAAUUGGUAAUCUCACAAUUCCUUCCCCGAGUUUAUUUACAGAAAAUAUGGAUAAGGACUUGAUUGAAAUAGGAAGGGAGGAACUUUAUAACAUGUCACGACGCGUCAAGCAGAGAUAUCCUGAAUUAUUUAAUGUAGAAAUUUUAAAAGAGAAAAUUCGCUUCGUCAGCACCAGAACGGCUAGAAGCAUUCAAAGUGCACAUGCAUUUGCACUUGGUCUUCUUGAUAGACCCCUUGUGCCAAUCGCUAUGGUAACAGACAUUGACAAGGAUCCUAUUACCAUAGAGACCCACGAUAAAGACAAUGAUCCAGUGCUAAGGUAUUUCGAUGUGUGUCCCAAGUACAUCCAUCAAGUGUCCAAGAACAAGACUUCCCUGUAUGAACAUCAUGAAUUUAAAAACAGCUCUGCAAUGAGAACCGUUGUGGAGCAUGUCAGAGACUUGUUUAAUCUUCAAGGGUCUGAGAUCAUACAUGUCAAGCAUGUGAUCGGCAUGUAUCUUGCCUGUACUUUUGAGGUGGCUGUCUAUAACAGAUCUGAUUCCUGGUGUUCGGUGUUCCGUCCAAGUGACUUGGAUGUGCUAGAGUAUUUCUAUGAUCUAAAGCAUUACUGGAAGAGAGGCUAUGGAUACAAGAUCACUUAUGAAAUUAGCUGUGUGUUAUUAAAAAAUAUUAUCAAUGCAAUCAAAACAGCAGUCUUGUCUGACAACAAAAAUGGCCCUAUUGGUAAUUUUAUGUUUGCUCAUGCGGAAACCAUACAGCCAUUAAAUGCUCUGCUAGGUCUCUUUAAAGAUGAAAUGCCUUUGAGAGCAGACAAUUACCACAGACACAAGAACCGCAAAUAUAGAGCAAGCCAAAUCUCACCGUUUGGGGCCAAUAUUGCAUUUACUGUGUAUAACUGUUCUGGACUGUACCAGCUUCAAGUUCUUUCCAAUGAGAAAAUUGUCUCUUUGCCCUGCUGUGAGGGCCCUAGAUGUCCUUUGCAGAGGUUCUUUGACUGUUUUAGUGAGGUCUACAAUAUGUGUGACCUUAAAGCCCUGUGUGAAUUAGAUAAAAAGGCUCAAGUUCGUGAGGAUUUAUAAGAAGAUUCAACACCAAGACACUUGUGAAGGAUGUUGUACAUAAAAGUGAAAAAUCCUGCACCAAGUAAUGGUUUAUUUAAGUUUUAGUUUGUGGUAUGGAAGACUCCUGUUAUAUUUUUUUCUGGGCUCAGAUUCAGAAGCACAAACUGGCAUGCAAUCAUUCUUGCAUGUGCGUUGGCUAACUUGCUUAAAACACAGUAGUAUGUGUAUCACUAUAAUAGGCAAUAGUGUGUCAAUGAAAAGGGUUAUUUGAUAUAUGUAGGUUAUACCUUAGAGAACUUAUUAAAAAACAAGAACUUUAUAAUGCACUACUGUAGAGAGAUUACAAGUAUAAUUCAGUA